GCCAGUGCCGCCCGUGCGGCCGCAGGAUUUUGCCUGCGGCCAGCCCCAGGCGCCUCAGUUUCGGAUCGUUGGCGGCUCGGAGUCCCGCCCCGGCCAGUGGCCCUGGAUGGCCGCCAUUUACCUGCACGGCAACAACCGCAAGGAGUUCUGGUGCGGCGGGUCACUCAUCUCUCGCCAGUACAUCAUGACGGCCGCCCACUGUACCAAGGAUACCAACGGCAAGAGCUUCCACCCGCGGCAGUUCACGGUGCGGCUGGGUGACUACGACCUGAGCUCCAGCCAGGACGCCUCUGCGCCAGCCGUCUACACUGUCACCUCAUACCGCACGCACCCAGACUUCAAGAUAAACGGCUUCUACAAUGACAUAGCGCUGUUCAAGCUUGAGCGUCCCGUGGAUCUGAACGAGUAUGUGAUCCCCGUGUGUCUGCCGGUGGAGUAUGAAGGCAGCCAGCUGGACGCCCUGGUCGGACGGACGCCAUCCGUCAUCGGCUGGGGAACUACCUACUACGGCGGCCAGGAGUCGGCGGUGUUGCGUCAUGCAGAGCUGCCUGUCUGGGGCCAGCAGGACUGCGACAAUGCCUAUUUCCAGCCGAUCAGGGAAAUCUUCAUUUGCGCCGGUUACGCCGACGGCGGCAAGGACGCCUGUCAGGGAGACUCUGGCGGCCCGUUGUUGUACUUCGAGAACGGCCACUGGAUGCAGAUCGGCAUCGUAUCAUUCGGCAACCGCUGCGCCAAGGCCGGCUACCCGGGCGUUUACACGCGCAUCACCCACUUCCUGCCCUGGAUCCGGGAGAACAUGGCGUGAGCUACCGUCACCGUGACACCUGCUUUGACGCCGUCUCGCGAGUCCGGCCUGGGACACGCGACGGCCGCGCGCCCGGCGUGUCGACCCGCCUCCGCCAGCCGCGGCCGGGAUCCUGUGAUGACCUGACCCGC